CGCGGGCUUUGGUUCUCUAAGGGCCGUUAGAGGACCAGUCACGAGCCUGUCCGCCUGCGAAGUUAGGACUAUGGUAUGGAGCCCGUCCCUGAAAAGGGCGCCAAAACCACUAAGGAGGAGCCUGGCAUGCCCCAUGAGUCAGCAGAGGAUUUGUUUCACUUCAAUGUCGGGGGCUGGCAUUUCUCAGUUCCCAGAAGCAAACUUGCUCAAUUCCCAGACUCGCUGUUGUGGAAAGAGGCCUUGGCCUUGACCUCUUCGGAAAGUCAGCGGCUAUUCAUUGACAGAGACGGUUCCACAUUCCGGCAUGUGCACUAUUACCUCUACACCUCCAAGCUCUCCUUCUCCAGCUGUGCAGAACUGAACUUGCUCUAUGAGCAAGCACUGGGUUUGCAGCUGAUGCCGUUGCUUCAGACCCUAGAUAAUCUGAAGGAAGGGAAACACCACCUCCGUGUGCGGCCUGCCGACAUUCCUGUUGCUGAGCGAGCUUCCCUGAACUACUGGCGAACAUGGAAGUGUAUCAGCAAACCCUCGGAGUUUCCAAUAAAAAGCCCUGCCUUCACAGGUCUUCAUGAUAAGGCCCCUUUGGGGCUCAUGGACACACCGCUGCUGGACACAGAAGAGGAAGUGCAUUACUGCUUCUUACCCCUAGACUUGGUGACCAAGUACCCAAGCCUAGUGACUGAAGACAACCUACUGUGGUUGGCUGAAACUGUGGCCCUGAUCGAGUGCGAGUGUAGCGAGUUCCGCUUCAUUGUGAAUUUUCUACGCUCACACAAGAUUUUGCUACCAGAUAACUUCUCCAACAUUGAUGUGUUAGAAGCAGAAGUUGAAAUUCUGGAAAUCCCUGAGCUUACAGAAGCUGUACGGCUAUACCGGAUGAAUAUUGGUGGCUCUUCCCGGACCUCCUGUCCACCUCUAAGUCCUGGAAAGGGGGGUCGUAUAGCCAGUCUGGAGUCUGUGAAACCACUGUACAUGAUGGCCCUGGGCCUACUGGUCAAGUAUCCAGACUCUGCACUGGGACAGCUUCGCAUUGAGAGCACACUGGAUGGAAGCAGAUUAUACAUCACAGGGAAUGGGGUCCUUUUCCAGCAUGUCAGGAACUGGCUAGGCACUUGUCGGCUGCCCCUGACUGAGACCAUCUCUGAGGUGUAUGAGCUUUGUGCCUUUCUGGACAAGAGGGACAUCACCUAUGAGCCAAUGAAAGUGGCUCUGAAGACUCAUCUAGAGCCGAGGACUUUGCCACCCAUGGAUAUGCUCAAUGAGGAGUGGACAGCAGAGGUCACUAUAUACUCACCACAACAGAUCAUCAAGGUUUAUGUUGGAAGCCAUUGGUAUGCAACCACCCUGCAGACCCUGAUGAAGUACCCAGAACUGCUAUCCAACACUCAGAGAGUAUACUGGAUCACCUAUGGACAGACCUUGCUCAUUCACGGUGAUGGCCAAAUGUUCCGACACAUUCUCAACUUCCUGAGACUUGGAAAACUGUUUUUACCAUCAGAAUUUAAGGAAUGGCCUCUCUUCUGCCAGGAAGUGGAGGAAUAUCAUAUUCCAGCCCUCUCAGAAGCCCUGGCACAAUGUGACGCAUACAAGUCAUGGACUCAGGAAAAAGAAUCUGAAAAUGAAGAAGCUUUUCCCAUUAGGAAGCUGCAUGUGGUGACAGAAGGGACAGGGCCAAUGGUAGAGUUCAGCAGAGAUGCAAAGGAAACCACAGCCUGCAUGCCUAUGGACUUCCAAGAAUGCAGCGACAGGACUCCCUGGAACAAGGCUAAAGGGAACCUGGCCAGGUCCAGCCAGAUGGAAGAGGCUGAGCAGUAUACCCGGACCAUCCAGGUCUCCCUGUGCAGAAAUGCCAAGAGGGGGGGCAAUCCCGGCACGUACUCACACUGUUCUGGCUUAUGUGCCAACCCAAGACACUGGGGAGGUCACUCUGAAAGCCCCCCCAAGAAGAAGUGCACCACUAUAAACCUCACACAGAAAUCUGAUGCCAAAGACCCUCCAGUCACCCCCAUGCAAAAACUCAUAUCUUUGGUAAGGGAGUGGGACAUGGUCAACUCUAAACAGUGGGAAUUCCAGCCACUCACAGCCUCCAGGAGCAGCUCUUUGGAGGAGGAGAGCCUGCACGUCCCCUCAGGAAGUGAGGCUGCUUCUCAACCUGGUACCUCAGCUACUUGGAAAGCUCAUUCCAUACCCUCUGAGAAGGACACUGGUCCCCAGACUGGAGCUGGAGCUGGAAUGAGAGACAAGCCUCCAGAGCCAACCUUUAAGCCAUACUUCCCCACAAAAAGAGCUGUCACCCUAAAGGACUGGGGAAAGCAGAGGCCCAAAGAGAGAGAAAACCCUGCUCCUGAGCAGCCCCUGCCUAAUGUUAAUGGGACAGACAACCCAGGGGCCAUCCUCAAAGUGACGCACCCCCCUGUGGUGGGGAGUGACGGCUCUUGCAUGUUCUUUGAAGACAGCAUUAUCUACACCACCCAAAUGGAUAACAUCAAGCAUACACCACUCACAGCUAGCCCCCAACCUCGAGAAGUGACCUUCCUGAGCUUCUCUCUGUCCUGGGAAGAGAUGUUUUAUGCACAGAAAUGUCACCGCUUCCUGACUGACAUCAUCUUGGAUUCCAUCAGGCAAAAAGAUCCCAAAGCCAUCACAGCCAAGGUGGUGUCCCUGGCCUACCGGCUAUGGACGCUGAACAUCAGCCCCAAGCAGUUUGUGGUGGAUUUGCUGGCCAUCACUGGCUUCAAGGAUGACCGGCACACUCAGGAGCGUCUGUACAGCUGGGUAGAGCUCACACUGCCUUUCGCCAGAAAAUAUGGCCGUUGCGUGGACCUGCUCAUCCAGAGGGGACUGUCUAGGUCUGUCUCUUACUCAGUCCUGGGCAAGUAUUUACAAGAGGGCUAGAGUACCCAGAAAUGUUAGUCCCACAGACAAUCACCACAGACCAGUUGCCCAAGGCUCAUUUUUCUGUGGAAACCCCCAGAAUGCACAUCCCCAGCCAAUGAUAAUCACUUUAUUUUUUAUUAUAAACAAAUAAAAAAGUAAAUCACAAGACAAA